AAACUCUAACGGCGGCUUCCAUUUCUGUCCCUUAUAAAAUCUUCCUUCUCAAACAGAAAUUUGAAACCCAAGAAAUAGGACGAAGAAGAAGGGAAUUUAAAAAAUGCUUCUCUGCAAGCCUUCACUGAUCACUCAAGCUCCAUCUAAUCCUCACAUCGAUCGCCGCACUGUUUUAAACCCUAAGAGGAGAUCGUAUCUUAACGUGACAACCACAAAAUCCAUGGCCGCAAAUAGGGAAACGAUGGCUCCACAGCAGAGACGAACCAUGUCCGCCUUUGACGCUCGGGUCUCUCUUGUCCUUGCUCUUGCUUCUCAGGCCUCAUCUGUCUCUCAGCGCCUGUUCGUGGAUUUGGUAAGUGAGACCGCGAAAUAUGUGUUCCCUAAGAGAUUUGACGGCAGAAAUUUGGAGGAAGCUUUAAUGGCAGUUCCAGAUCUUGAAACGGUGAAAUAUAGGAUUCUCAGUAGGAGAGACGAGUAUGAGAUAAGAGAAGUUGAGUCUUAUUUCGUGGCAGAGACAACCAUGCCUGGCAAGACUGGAUUUGAUUUCAGUGGUGCAUCUCAGUCCUUCAAUGUUUUAGCUGAGUACCUGUUUGGUAAGAAUAUCCCGAAGGAGAAAAUGGAGAUGACCACCCCUGUAAUAACGCGUAAGACUCAAGCUGAUGGGGAGAAGAUGGAAAUGACAACUCCUGUAAUAACAAAGAGGGAAGAUCAAAGCAAUUGGAGGAUGUCCUUUGUCAUGCCCUCAAAAUAUGGUGCCAGCUUGCCAUUGCCUAGAGAUCCAUCUGUGAGGAUCCAAGAGGUGCCAAAGAAAGUUGUUGCAGUUGUUGCAUUCUCAGGCUUUGUUACUGAUGAGGAAGUUAAACAGCGGGAAUCCAAAUUACGACGUGCUCUGGAAAAUGACAAUCAGUUCCAAGUAAGGAAGGAUUCUUUGGUAGAAGUUGCGCAGUACAAUCCACCAUUUACACUUCCGUUCACUCGCCGUAAUGAGAUAGUGCUGGAAGUAGAAAGGAAGGAGAAAUAGCUUUUUAUUCGCACCUCCAUUUCCAAGGUGAAUAGCUCAGACGCUUUAAGUCCUUUUUUCCUUGAGGCUCAUUCCCGAGUCAGCUCAACGAGUUAUGGGACAGCCCGGGUUAUUGGAUAGUUGGAUUUGGACUUGUGGGGAGCAUGGGGAUCCCCUCCAGACCCUAUUAUUGUAACGGUGAAAAAUCGGCUAAGAUCCACAAAACAGUAAACACCCAGUUAGUGGUUGACCGUAGUGCAAGCAAGGGGAUCGCCUCUGGUUGACUUUGUUUGUGCAACAUUGACUAUUUGCUCCCACCACUAGCAUCAACAACACUUGGCGAAAUCCCAUUGAUCUGAGAUAACAGUGGGUAAUUUUUUAUUUUUUAGUAAUAAUUACUAUCUUCAUCCAUCUUUCAUGGUGUUCAAAUGCCAACGGACCAACCUUUCUCUUCAUGCAAUUAACUGCUUGAAACUGCUAUAGUAAUCACAUCUCUUGAAUAUUAGGAAAAGAAAAUUUGACGUAAAGAAAACGUGGCUGAUAUAAUUGUUAUAAGAUCUCUGUGGUUUUCUUUCCUUUUUUUCUAAUGGAUAACUAUCCUUAGCUGUGAUUAUAUGAAUUAUACUCUUUUUUACUGUAAAUAUUUGGAAGCUGCAAGUCUGUAAUGGAAACUGUGCCCAGAUGGGUUCCAAACUAUUUCGACAACUUUGAUUUCAAGACCCAGAUGAAAUAGGGUAAUUAGUCAGAAAACUUUAAAGGUGAAAUUCAGACCGUAUUAGUUAAAUUGAUGUGGAAUUGACUGCUGUUUUUGAACAUGUUGAUAAAAG